CUUCGUUCUUCCUUCCUUCCUUCCUUCCUCCCUCCCUUCCUCCCUAACCUCUCUCACUCUUUUUUCGUUCACUCUGAAAUACUCAUCUCUUGCAUUUGUCUCUCUUCUCAGCUCAUCAUGCCGCCAUUGCAGUGCUCAUCUACUUUUGAUCUUGCAGCACCUAUCCCUUUUGCUGAUCAUUCGUCAUCAUUUGAUACCUUGUUCAAUGCCGAUCCAUUCACUACAAAUUCCGUUCAGCAACACCCUUCUCACUAUCAGUAUACCGACAUAGAAUACCUUCCCUCUGAAGCCGAUAUCAACGCUCUCUUUGGGUUGCCACCAUCACAUUCUUCUGCUCAAAAUACACAGAAACAAAUAGCAUAUACAACUUCGACAACAGCGUCUAUUUCUCCUCCUACUCAUUACACAUCCUUAACUGAACAGGAUGUGAAUUUAUCAUCAUCGGUGCCUGUAGCUCCUGCUUGUGAUCAAAGGCCUUCACCCGUUUCUUUAUCGGCGCGAUCUUCUCUCGCACCAAACAAAUGUCAACAGAGUGCAAUGUCAAAAGAGUCAUUUCGGACGCAAGAUGCACAUAACGCAGGGUUCCAGUAUCAGUUGCAAACCUCACAGGAUUACCAACAGCAACAGCAACAGCAGCAACAGUAUACCCCUUGCCAGCAUUACAGUUCAGAUCGGUAUAAUGCCACUAGCUAUAGCACGGCGAGCAUCCCCAAUAUGGGUCCAUAUGGAGACAUGCAACACGGGUCAUCAACUGUACCGACAUCCACAAAUCCUCUGGUGCUCAACCCGCCCUCAAGUUCAUUCUUUGCACGGCUUGGAGCAAGAGACGGAGCCUCACCAUUGUAUUCAACUGGUAAUCAGAGUACAUUUACUCCCAAGCUGGCCAAAGCCGCUGCGAGCUGUGUAUCGAACACUUUAGCGGUGACAUCAACAUUUGCAAGCAAAAAGCUUGCAAAUGCGUCACAUAAAAUAGCUGAUCUUUGGCAGCAUAACCAGAAUGUCCUCCCUCAACAACAACCCAAUAGCUAUCAACAGCAGCAACACGCACCGGACAGCUUGUACAACCACGGCAAUUAUUACACCACUGAGGAUGCAACAAAUUCAACUAAAAAUAGUGGGCCAAAUGGGUCUUGCUUUAAUAACAACAAUUAUUUGAAUAAUGUUAAUGCAAGCACGUAUUCAUAUGAUAGAGUGGCGCUCAACAUAAACCAUAACAGCAACAACGUUCAUCAACAAUCCUCUCAAGGCGAAAACGCCUAUGGUGACCAUGACACUAGCAAUCCAUUUGCCGCUUCUACAACCUCCACACUCUCUAAUGCAGUGUCAGUUGCGAGCUCCUAUCUACCAAGUCUCUCCAAAUUGCCAACGUUGUCAGCUCUACCAGCGCUCCCGUGGUCCAAUCGCAGCAAGGACCAGCAGUUACCACAUCAACAGACAUACCAGCAAGGAUAUUCUUCAGAUAAUUACUAUAGCUCCUAUGAUGACUCGCGAUCGCAGGAGACACAGGCCUAUUCAUCUCAGGGGCAUCAACAAGAACAACAGCGACCCUAUCUAGAUCAGCACGUCGAGCCCAAUAACCAUUGCUCUUCUACUAGCAGUAUUCUGGCUAGCACAGGCGCUUUAUGGGGUGGACUCCGUAGUGAGAUGCAAAAAGGACGACAGAUGGUAGAGACUGGAGUGCAAGCAGGCGUGGCCUGGUGGUGGGAUCAUGAUGUAAAGAACCCAUUGCGAAAUGUGGUGUAGGCACGGCGAGUUACGAUUUUCUCAUGACCUUACGCUUAAUUAUCUCGACAUUAUAACGAUAGUAACAAUAAUAGUGGCAUAAUAAUUUUAAUAACUAUAAUAAUAUUUAGCAUCCAACACUUUGAACUCGCUUGUGAAUUUAGUCAAACGCAUUGAUUGCUGUUUAGAUUGAGCCUGGCCAUCAGAAAUAAAAGUGGCAAAGCAGGUCCUAAAAAAAAAAGGGACCGUGACAACACUGAGGUCAUUAGUGAUGAUGCAUUUUUUUUUUCUUUCU